GCUUCUUCUUCUUCUUCGCUCCGCCUCCUGGUUUUGCAGUCUCUUAAACCCUACAAAACCUCUGCUCUCUCUCUCUCUCUCUCUCUCUUCUCUCUCUCUUAAUAGAAUCAUUCCUUGCUCAUGGCUUCCGAUGCAUCUUCUGCCCUCGCAGAGAGGCAGAAAGUUCAGAACUUCUUAUCUGCCGCUGUUAGUGGAAACCUUGACCUUUUCAAGAAAUUAGCCGCGGGGUUUGAUGAUGGGAAUGAUUUAGCAAAAUCUGUGGCGGCUGUUAAGGAUGCUAAUAAACGUGGGGCCCUUCAUUUUGCUGCUAGGGAAGGGAAUAUCGAUGUUUGCAAGUAUUUGGUAGAGGAGCUGAAACUAGACAUUAACGAAAAAGAUGAAGAUGGUGAGACUCCCCUUCUUCAUGCUGCUAGACUGGGACACAUUGCCACUUCAAAGUACCUUGUUGAAUGUGGCGCUAAUCCUGCUAUCGCCAGUGAGCUUGGUGCUACAGCAUUGCACCAUGCUGCUGGAAUAGGAAAUGUUGAGUUGCUGGAGUUUCUACUUUCCAAAGGUGCUCAAGUUGAUUCACAGAGUGAUUCUGGCACACCUUUGAUCUGGGCUGCUGGUCAUGGACAGGAAGAUGCUGUGAAGCUUUUACUAGCACACCAUGCUAAUCCCAAUUCUGAGACUGAUGAUGAUAUUACACCAUUGUUGUCAGCAGUAGCUGCAGGUUCAUUGUCAUGCUUAGAUCUAUUAAUUCAGGCAGGUGCUAAGGUAAAUAUUACUGCUGGUGGAGCCACCCCUUUGCACAUUGCCGCUGAUAUUGGAAGCUCAGAAAUCACAAACUGCUUACUUGCAGCAGGAGCUGAUCCAAAUGCUACCGAUGAGGAUGGGUUAAAGUCAAUACAAGUUGCAGCUGCAAGAGGUAACAGAAGCGUUGUCGAGAUUCUUUUUCCCGUAACAUCACAAAUCCGAAAUAUACCAAACUGGACAAUUGAUGGAAUCAUAAAUCAUUUGCAAUCUGAUACUGAAAAGAAACUUGAAGGAACAGUAAAUCCACAUUCAGAAAAUGGAUCCAGUGAUACAGUCAAGCUUGAGGUGACACCUGAAGCUAAAAAGAAAGCCGCAGAAGCAAAAGCAAGAGGAGGUGAUGCCUACAAUAACAAAGACUAUUCAACUGCCAUUGAUGCUUACACUCAGGCAAUAAGUUUUGACCCAACCGAUGCAGUUUUGCUUUCAAAUAGAAGUCUUUGUUGGAUGAGAAUUGGGCAGGCUGAAUAUGCCUUAUCUGAUGCAAAGGCCUGCAGGGAACUAAAACCAGAAUGGUCAAAGGCCUGUUAUCGGGAAGGGGCAGCUCUACGGCUACUACAGAGGUUUGAGGAAGCAGCCAAUUCAUUUUACGAGGGUGUUACACUUGAUCCUGAAAAUAAGGCGCUUAUAGAUGCUUUCAGGGAAGCUGUUGAUGCUGGGAGGAAAUUUCAUGGUACAGACAAACAAAAGUGAUCAUGGCUGCAAUGAAGUUGUUGAAAUCUCUUUUUUUUCUGGUUCCUUACUAGUUUGAGGAUCUUAAUUCAAUUUUGCCUAUUUAUUUUUUAUUCCUUAUUUGGUUAAUGACAAGAUUGGAGUGGAUAUUGUUUAGGGUUAAAUAUGCUUGUUUUCACCAUAAGAUAAUCUCCAACUUUCAUGGGUUUCUUCAUGUGGGUAUAUUCGUGAAACCAAAAGACUUUAUUGAUAAUUCGAUAUUCUUAGUUGGUUGCGAUUCUUG